CGAAGCAUCGCCAAGAAAAGGACAAAAAAGCAAAACCUCUCGCCAUUAAAACGAGGGGAAGAAGUUCUGCUUUUCCUUCUCACGCCCGGACAGCGCAUUGCCCAGCGGAUUAUGCGUGAUGCUAUGUAAUGUAUGCGUCUGCUCUGCUUCCAUGCGGCAUUUCGCAAUAAAUUGGAAUUGACGUACUUGAUUUGAGGGGUUUUGGUUUGGAGGGAAUUGGGUGGGGGAUUUGGGUAACGAUGGGGGUUUCGCAGAAUGAUGGUGGGCGGAUGGAAGGCUGGUUGUUCCUGAUACGUUCCAAUCGGUUGGGGCUUCAGUAUUCAAGAAAGCGCUACUUUGUGCUUCAAGAUCACUUGCUCAAGAGCUACAAAUCUGUUCCGCUUUCGCAGGACGAGGAUCCUAUUAGGAGUGCAAUUAUAGAUUCCUUCAUAAGGGUGACUGACAAUGGAAGGGAGAGUAUUCAGAGGAAGGUUAUCUUCAUGUUCACACUUUACAAUACGUCUAAUCACAGUGAUCAACUGAAGUUGGGCGCAAACAGUCCUGAAGAGGCUGCAAAAUGGAUUCAGUCUUUCCAUGAAGCAUCUUUAAAGCCAGAACAGAAUCAAGGAGAUCUUAAAUUUGCUAGGCAUGAGAGACCCUCAUUACGGUUAAAUUGUUCCAAUAAGCAUUCUCGUUCCAUUGACUGGACCCUCUAUUCAUCCUCCGUAACAGAUGCGAUGACAUCUGAUGUUGUUGCUCCAUCACCUUGGAAAAUCUUUGGUUGCCAGAAUGGUCUCCGAUUAUUUAAGGAGGCCAAAGAGAAGGAGUUGAGUGGAAAGUGGGAUGAUCAUCCUGCAAUUAUGGCUGUUGGUGUUAUUGAUGCAACUUCAGAGGCUAUAUUCCAAACACUCAUGUCUCUAGGUCCUUCAAGAUCAGAAUGGGAUUUCUGUUUUUAUCAGGGUUCUGUGAUUGAACAUCUUGAUGGCCAUACUGAUAUAGUCCACAAGCUUUUGUAUCAGGAUUGGCUGCCUUGGGGUAUGAAACGAAGGGAUCUUCUGUUACGUCGCUAUUGGAGAAGAGAGGAUGAUGGUACAUAUGUGAUUCUAUAUCAUUCGGUGUUUCAUCUGAAGUGUCCACCAAAAAGGGGUUAUGUACGCGCCUGCCUUAAAAGUGGAGGAUAUGUUGUAUCUCCUGUUAAUCAAGGAAAGCGUUCUGUAGUGAGGCAUAUGCUUGCUAUUGAUUGGAAAUUUUGGAAGUCUUGUUUACAUACCUCAUCAGCCAGGUCAAUAACAAUAAGCAUGCUGGGGAGACUAGCUGCCUUGCGGGAACUGUUUAGAGCCAAAUUGGAUGGUUCAUCUAAUUUCUCAUCAGGGGAGCUAAUGAGCAGUAAGUGCACACAGCACACCAAAGUUGAAGUCCAAACAAAAGUAGAGAAUGGGCUGAAUAGGGAGGUUAUGGAGGAAAACACAAUUAUAUCACCUUCCGAGCACUCAAGUCUCGUGGGAUUAAACGACACAUCAGAUGAAUUCUUUGAUGUAUCAGAACCUUUGGAUUAUGAUCAAUCAGAAAAUGGUUGGCCUUCUGAUUUUGGUCCUGAAACUUAUUCUCAGGAUGCACGGCAACCCAAACUGUCAACUGCUGCAGGCUUUGUGAAGAGGUUGCAUGAUCUUGCAGUUCAGAAGAAGGGCUAUGUAGACUUGCAUGAUAUGUCAAGGGAAGAUAGCCUGUCAUGCAGAUAUGGAUACACUCUUCCAAAGGAUACAACCUGUAAUUUACUCUGCAGUUGGACCCAAACGGAUCCAUCAACAUUUUUAAUUCGUGGAAAGACCUAUUUGGAUGACAGAAAGAAGAUCAAGGCAAAAGGCACAUUGAUGGAAAUGGUAGGUGCUGACUGGUUGAGGUCUGACAAACGAGAAGAUGAUCUUGGAGGCCGCCCAGGGGGAAUAGUUCAGAAAUUUGCUGAAAAGGGUGGUCCAGAGUUCUUCUUUAUUGUGAACAUACAGGUCCCGGGCUCAACAACAUAUAAUCUUGCUUUAUACUAUAUGAUGAAUACACCCUUGGAAGAUGCUCCUUUGUUUGAAAGUUUUGUGAAAGGAGAUGAUGCUUACAGAAAUUCAAGGUUCAAGCUCAUACCAUAUAUAUCGAAGGGCUCAUGGAUAGUCAAGCAGAGUGUUGGAAAAAAGGCAUGCCUAGUUGGACAAGCAUUAGAAAUUAAUUAUUUUCACGGGAAAAACUACCUGGAGCUCGGGAUUGAUAUUGGCUCGUCAACAGUUGCGAGAGGUGUGGUCAGUCUUGUUCUUGGUUACCUCAACAAUCUAGUAAUUGAGAUGGCAUUUUUAGUACAGGCUAAUACGCCGGAAGAGCUGCCUGAACAUCUCAUCGGCACUUGUCGCUUCAACCAUUUGGAUGUCGCUAAGUCCGUGUUAGUAAAGCCGUGAAGCUACCAAGAAAUGGUUAGUUUUUGUUUGAGAUUUCUGCGUAGAAAGUUUGAUGAUUGCUUGCAAAUGUUGUUGCUGUUGCUUUGGCUAGUUCAAAUUCAUUUUAUACAAUCUAUCGAUGUCGGGGUAGGCGUAGAUGAUGAUGGAUCUGUAGGUACACACCCACCACCGGAUAUUGUGAAAAUUUCAGUUCUUUGUGAUGUGUAUAGAAAACAUAUGAUGAUAUGCUUAGUUAA